AUGGCAGCUGCCGUGCCUGGUUUUGUACGUUCGUUCUGCAGUUCCGUGCACCCGCGAGGCGGGGCCUGUGCCCGUGCGGUUCCAGACCCGGGCUGGCGCCGUCCUGCGCUGUCUGGAGUCAGCCCCCAGCCAGGGGGCAAGCAGCUCACCUCUCGAACGCACUGCACUGGAGGCCUGAAAAAGGAGCGGCAGCUCCCGACAGCCCAUGGGGCCUGUCCGCAGAUAGAGGCCGGGGGCCAGUGGGAUUGUAUCUGCCCCAACAAGAAGGCCCAGACUUGGCCUGGGGGCCAGAGUUGCCCAUGCCUCUCCCCAGAAGAGGGCGAGUGGGGGUCAGGGCUGGUGGGCCAGCUGGGGUCCUGGGACACGUGGGGAGCGGCUGCCUCAGCCCCUGGCCUGCUGGUGACGCACUCAGGAGGCCCAGGGCUCGAGAGACCGUGCAGUGAGGCGCCCCCCUACGUGAACAUCCCCGUCAGCCCCUCCUCCAAAACGCAGCUGCACUACAUGGGCCUGGAGCUCCAGGGGGCCAGCGCAGGGAUCCGAGGGGCUGGCGCCUCCCGCUAUGCACAGAUCGACAUCAUGGCCACCGAGGCGGCCCACAGGGUGGGGGCCCAGCAUGCACAGAGCCGGGAGGAGCGGCUGCCCGAGCUGGAGCAGAGGAGGAAAGGCGCCCUGCGGUGA